AUGACAUGUCUCAGUCGGAAAGACAAUAAUCUGCUUAGAAAGCAAGAAUGGCAACUCUUAUUAGGGGCUAAUAAUGAUAUUGUAAAUGCAGCAACAGCAACAAUUCCACCUGUUGUUCCUGCAAUAUUCAAACAAGAUACAUUCCUAGUCAAAACACUGUUUUCAGAAGCGGAAAAGUACUAUUUGAUUUUGAUUACAAACCUGAAGCAAUGCUGGUUUGAAAAGAUGCAAAUUGAAGAUAUUCGACGGCGGUCCAUGAAAAUAAAGAGUUUUGCUUAUGAAGAAGAUACUCAACUAGAAGCAUUACUUUUAUCACUCUCAGCCAUCUUUAACAAGGUAGAGCAGCAGCAACAGCAAAAUAAUCAGCAGCAAGUCCCUGAGCUGGAACAACAGCGACGAAUUGAAAAGCACUGUGAAAAAUUAUCACUUUUCGUUGGAUUUAAUUUUGGUUUGGCAAGCGUACAAUGGGAAUUCAAGUUGACGCCAUUAUUAAUGGAAGCCACACCAGCCUCAUUCAGUCCAGCAAUAGGCACCAAUGACGACAACAACAACAACAACAACAACAAUUUGGAUGAUGACGAAGAGUUGCUAUCCAUAUUUCCUAAAUCCACUUCUAGAACUGGCGCUGGUACUGUCACUAGCUCUAAGCAGUUAGAGAAACGGACAAAAAGAUUCUUAGAGGACAGUGACCUUGAAGACGCAACAAAUAAUGAUAUGAUGGAUGAUGAGGAUGAAGGUGAAGAGGAGGAUGAUGAAGAGGAAGGGGAUGAAGAUGACGCCGAAGGAGAUUAUGAUUAUCUAGACCGAUAUGAUCGUGAGGGAAGAGAUAGUAUUGGAACUAGAGCCGAAAGUAGAUCAAUGAGACGUAAAAAAAAGAAACGAGUUGUCCAGGGAAUGGCCGUGAUGUUUGAUCAGUUGGUGUUACCGCUGGUCUCAGUUUCCAAUGCGUAUCGACGUCAGAUCAAGGCGUUAGAAAUGGUGAUCAAGUCAAAAGAGAAUGAAGUUGUUGAAGCACUGGAGAUGUUGGAGCAAAAUGGGAUAAAUUAUCAUAACCGACGAAAGGCGACAGAACGUUAUGAUAAGCAAAAGACAGAAACCAAGUUAAAGGAGGAUCUCGAAAAACUCAUAAGGCCUGAUCUCUUCACGCCGAGAGAACUGUUUUCAGGGAAAAACAUCCCUGAGUUAUGUUCAAUCGUGUCGGUCAACGCUGGCAAGCGAGAUUCUCAUCCAUCAUCUUUGGAUAGUAGAGUUACUCUUCUUUCACAAGAUCCUACUCUAUUGACUCAAGCCAUACGUGGAGCUCAAAAGAACAGUGGCACUACUGGCAGAGCAAGAGUUGGAGCCGCUGCUACAUCUGGCACGGAUGAAAAGGCACUCAAAGAGGCUCAAGAGCUGGAACGUAGACGGGCACUUCAGGAACAGCUAGAUAAAGAGAAAGUAGCAAAGGAACGGGCACAUAAGAAAAAGAAGUUGUUUUAG